AUGUCCUGGGCCGUGCUCCUCGGCCUCCUGGCCGCGCUGCUGCUGCUGCUGCUGCUGACCCGCCGGCGCACGCGGCGACCUGGUGAGCCUCCCCUGGAUCUGGGCAGUAUCCCCUGGUUGGGCUAUGCCUUGGAGUUUGGAAAAGAUGCUGCCAGCUUCCUCACCAGGAUGAAGGAGAAGCACGGUGAUAUCUUUACUGUGCUGGUGGGGGGCAGGUACGUCACUGUCCUCCUGGACCCACACUCCUACGACUCGGCAGUGUGGGAGCCUCGCACGAAGCUGGAUUUCCACGCCUAUGCCGUCUUCCUCAUGGAGCGGAUUUUCGAUGUGCAGCUCCCACAUUACAACCCCAGUGAUGAGAAGGCCAAGAUGAAACCGACUCUCCUCCACAGAGACCUGCAGGCGCUCACGGAAGCCAUGUACACCAACCUCCGCACUGUCCUGCUGGGCGACACCACAGACGCAGGCAGUGGCUGGCACGAGAUGGGUCUCCUCGAUUUCUCCUACAACUUUCUGCUCAGAGCCGGCUACCUGACUCUUUACGGAGUCGAGGCCCUGCCCCGUACCCAUCAGAGCCAGGCUCAGGACCGCGUCCACUCCGCCGACGUCUUCCACACCUUCCGCCAGCUCGAUCUGCUGCUCCCCAAACUGGCACGCGGCUCCCUGUCCGUGGGGGACAAGGACCUUGUGGGCAGAGUCAAAGGUCACCUGUGGAAGCUGUUGUCCCCAGCCAGGCUGGCCUCCCGGGCCCACCGGAGCAACUGGCUGGGGAGUUACCUGCUGCACCUGGAGGAGAUGGGCGUGUCGGAGGAGAUGCAGGCGCGGGCUCUGGUGCUGCAGCUCUGGGCCACACAGGGAAACAUGGGUCCAGCUGCCUUCUGGCUCCUGCUCUUCCUCCUCAAGAACCCCGAGGCCCUGGCUGCUGUCCGUGGAGAAGUUGAGCAGGUCCUCUCCCGAGCAGAGCAGCCUGGCUCGCAGAUGACCACCCUCCCACAGAAGGUUUUAGACAGCGUGCCUGUGCUUGACAGUGUGCUGAGUGAGAGCCUCAGGCUCACGGCCGCGCCCUUCAUCACCCGAGAGGUCGUAGUGGACUUGGCCAUGCCCAUGGCAGAUGGGCGGGAAUUCACCCUGCGGCGUGGUGACCGCCUCCUCCUCUUUCCAUUCCUGAGUCCCCAGAGGGACCCAGAAAUCUACACAGACCCAGAGGUAUUUAAAUACAACCGAUUCCUGAACGCUGAUGGAUCAGAGAAGAAAGACUUUUACAAGGAUGGGAAGCGACUGAAGAAUUACAACAUGCCCUGGGGAGCAGGGCACAAUCAGUGCCUGGGGAGGGGUUAUGCCAUCAGCAGCAUCAAACAAUUCGUGUUCCUUGUGCUGACGCACUUGGACCUGGAGCUGGUCAGCCCGGAUGUGGAGAUCCCCGAGUUCGACCUCAGCAGGUACGGCUUCGGGCUGAUGCAGCCGGAACACGACGUGCCCAUCCGCUACCGCCUCCGGCUGUGAGCAGACCGGGCUCCACGUGCUCACCCCCCAGCCCGCGCCCCGAUCGCCCGACUUUCUGUGUCCACGUCUGGCUUGGGUGCAGAGCUUUGACCACCGACUGUGCCAGUGUUAGCACUUUCCUGCUUUUCUCCUGGAAGGCUGGUCCGGGGCCGGGGAAGAAAGGAAGCUGAGGGAAGGUUUAGUCCAAAAUGAGACUUUCUGCUCCCAGCUCACCUUGUUCCUUUUACCUUAUGACACCCACAGAAAUUAGGGCAGACGGGGCAGGACAGGAGUCCUGAUUGCUGU